AUGUACUUGCGGAGGCCGCUUGUGCAGCGCGGUGUGCUGCGUUGCCACCCCAACCAUCGAUGCCAUCGACGAGCACCGCACGCGACCACGUCGGCGCCGCUGUCGUCGUCAGGCAGCACCGAUGGAGGAAGUGACUUUGCGCGCUACGUCGAGGCGGAGUUCACGGAUGCGCUCUUCGCGACAUCCUCGCCCACUGAGGCGGGCGCCGACUCCGUGGGGCAGCGACUCAACUCCUCCCUUCAUCUUGGGCCUGCAGCAGCAGCAUCAGCAGCACCGGCUGGUGCGCAGCGCCACCACCGACGGCGGCGCUCUCUCCACUGCGGGAGUGAAGUGUCGAGCCUGCCGCCCACUCACGCCAUCUUGAACCACCUGAACAGCUCCCUCUGGCUACAGGUGCUGGGUCGCCUGCAUGGUCGCUGUGCGCUUUCCGGCGAGGAUUUUGCCGGGGCACUUCGGUACUUGCCAGCCUUCACGUACCGCCCGCUAAUGCCGUGGCUGUGGAGCCCAGCGACCUUGUCGACGCCAGCGGCGGCAGCGCAGUCGAGCGACACAAGCCACCGCAGCGAGGCCGACCGAAGCAGCGACGCGGAGAACGUUUUAGGUGCGCGGGACAGCUUGGGAGGGGAGGUGGAUCCGGGGACGGAGGUGCACAGGAACUUGCGUCUGCCCGCGCUGGCGAUGAGCUGCAGGCCUGCAGCUCCACCAGCACCGCCUGCUACAGCACCGCUCACGGUGUACACGGUCACAGACAUCAGCACUGCUGCACCGUCGCAGUGGACUGUCAUCGCGACCUCUGUGGUGAAGUCGACGUUCACCAAUGCACCGCCAGCCACUAUCGAGGAUCUGCUGAAGGUGUGGCACGACCUAUUCUUCGCCCUCCGCUCUCACGCGGCGUGGGUCAGUACCCCGGAGCAGCUGCGCGACAGCGCUCACCCGCAGCUGAUGCGCCUGUUCGAGGGCUUCUACGCAGAUGUCCGGCGUCACAGUCAACUUUCCAGCGCGAGUGAGGCUUUCGGCAUGGAAGAACUCCUGUCCUCCGAGGAGCGGCAGCUGCAGCAACGACGUGAUGAUGUCAUUACCGAGGUGGUGGUGCGCACGCUGACGCCGCCCAUCUUGCUUCGGAAGCUCCGCAGCCUGUAUCGCCCGCACCGCAACUCCGCAAUGCUCUUCGCCGAACUCUACGCCUUGUGCGUUGAAGAAGAGGAGACAUUCGCCUGUCUCCGCAGCUUGCACGCCCGCAGCCCCGGUGACAUGUCUGCGCAAGAAGCAGCGCAGUUCACAGCACGCCCGCAGCGGCGGCGGCUCACGACAACGGCCCUGUUGAUGGAUGUCGAUCUCGCCGCCUAUUACGCCACACUGCCGGGGCGCCGCUACAGCGGCCUCAGCGACGCAGGCGAGCAAUGGGCUGUUACGCUGCAGCACCUGCGGUUCCUGCUGCCUCGCGUGCAACUCCUCCAGGAGUGUCUGCGGGCGCAAAGGGCGCCACCCACGUCAAGCGGGAACGCUGCCGAAGAAGCGGUGUGGCAGCCGUGGCGGCAGGUCGCGUCUAUCCUUACGAACGUAUGUGUAUGGGUCAGCAACGACAACGCCGAGGCGGAGCGCUGCAGCGACGCACUGCGGUGCACCGUCGAGGCGCUGCAAAGCAUGAGCGCCCAAUCUUCGGCGCCAGGCCGUGGCGGUGAGCACAAGCUGCUCGCCCCUCCGACAUCCCGGGACGUGGGCGCCUUCAUCUCUUGCCUUGUCGCGGCAGCCCGGGACAGCAUGCGGGGCAAGGCAGCUCAGCUGCAAUACGGCCCGACGGAUGGCCUGUUGGGCGUGUACCUGCUCUCCGUGGCCGUCGCUGCCGUCAUCCCGGCAAGCGCGCGCUUGGGCAAGUCAGCGGCGGAUGUCGGGCAGACUGGCGGCGGGGUACGCAUGCCGAGCACCGAUGCUGAUGAAGACGCCGCGGAACUGCUGCAUCGACUGCGUCUUCUCCUACACCCCUCGAAGUCGACGCCUCACGAGGUAUGGGCUGCGCUGCGUCGCUCCCCGACUGCUGGCGAAGCUGCCCGCUACGGCCUUGUCACAGUCGGGUAUCAUCUCUUCAGCGAGUGCGUCAUGCCACUGGUGAGCCAGCCAAAGGUCUUCUCGACCGCCCAGCGCCUCUGGGGUCGCUUGCGCGUGUGGGCCACAGAGGUAGGCCGACCGCUGGGCCUGCAUGGCGAGGCUGUCUCCGCGCUGUGGAGCCUGCGGUGGCUGCAGCAGCACCUUACCACAGACGGCAACAGCGGCGCGGCCAGCACUCUCCUAAGUCAGCUAACGUCCGGUCGCGUUGCAGCUCACGACACAACAACGCUGCCGAGCCCUGUGUCGUGGCGCUGCGGGUGCGGCUUCGAGAAUGGAGGCAUCAGCACCGGCGUGCAUUAUGACAAUGCUUUAAGUGUCGCGUGCGUGGCUUGUGUGCUGCGCACUUUGACACCGCUGAGCUGGGAGUGUCCGUCCUGCCACGCCGUUGCCAACAGCGGCGUAUGCGUGCCGUACUGCCUGCGCUGUGGCGAGACCCAUCCCCUGGCGGAUCAUCUUGGCAUAGCCGUCAAGACACCCAACGUGACGGGUGCCGACGUGUGUGGCGUGACGUUCUGCAAGGGACAUCCACACCUGGGAACAGUGGCGCUGCUGCAGCCGAGAGAUCUGCCCAAGAGCUCGUUGGUCUACACGCCGACGCCACCGUCAUUGUUGAAUGCGCCGGAGGCCACCGAAAGCGUGGCACGCUGUUGCUGGGACUGCGGGCAUGCAUGUGGCGGCGCGCACGUGGCGCCUCUUUCUUCUCGAUACGCGGCGCCGUCUCGGCACGAAGACGAUGACGCUGCGCUGAAUGGCUUCUCUGAGGAUGGCAACGCACUCAAGGUGGGGGGCACGAGAGUCGUCGUCUACGUGUGCUCUGACUGCCACGCCAUCUCCGCAGGCCCACACAGCGCCGCGCUCCCCAAUAUACCAGACGGGGCACCGGCGACAGGGUCCAGCACGGCUUCCUGCAGCAGCUGUGGCACCACGGAGCCUGGCUACUACACUGCCGCCUUCACCUGGACGUGCGGCUGCGGCGCCUGCAACUCUGCACUGCACGUGUACUGCCAUGCAUGCUCACGCGCUGCACAGCAGCCCACUGUGACGUGCACGCACUGCAACCACGCGCACUCCGUAAGGGGAGCCGUGGCGGGGGCCGGAAGCAGGGAUGCAUGCGAGCGAUGCCACCACCCACACCCUCGCGUCCUCGCUGCCGUCAAUGAGCACCGCCUCAUCCGCUGCCCUGCGUGUCAAGGCCGUGUGCCGUCCACCAGCGUACGGUGCCCGCACUGCGCGUGCACAGCCGUGGCGGCGGUGGCCGCGCUGCUUCCAACGGAGGCGGACCAGCCUUGGCUCUGUCACCACUGUGGCGCAACACACGCGGUCCGCGACAGAACGGACGGACAGCUACGCACUCCGGUGCACCUGAAGGAUCCCUCCUCCUCGCAUGCGCUGCUGCCACUCCUCACACGUUCUGAGGACGGCUACUGCACGACGUGCGGUAUGCGUCGUCUGCCGGCGACCUUGUGGGAGCACGGGCGCCUGUGGGGCUGCAGUGAGUGUGGAGAGCCGUUCAACAGCGAGCUGGCGUGUCGGCGUUGCGCUGCUCUCGCUCCUGGCGUCCCUGCCAGUAAGGUGUACGUGUGGCGCUGCGUAGCCUGCGACGCGUAUCACCCCAGUUGGGAGAUGCAGUGCCGCGCUGCCGGCUGCGGCGGUCGAAGAGGCGCAGAAAACGUGAGCGUACAAUUAUGCUACUCACCGUGGACGUGUGCCGAGUGCGGUGAGGUGACGCUGUCCUUGCACGCCGUCGCCUGUGCCACCUGCGGCGCGGAAACCCCGACGCCCCUGCGUGCCACCCCGUGCAUCUACGGUGACGCCUGCGGGACGGCGGCCGCCGCAACGGCAGCUGUGAACGCGAAGCGGCACGAUGGGAGAGUGGAGGCGAAUAGCAGCGCACGUGCACAUGAAGAGUGCACGAUGUUGGAAGCCUUCACAGGCGCCAACGGAGACGUGCGGGAGACGUCUGCUGGCACCUGUGAAGCUCUCUCCCAGUCACCCUCGCACCCGCCAUCGGCGUUGUCUCCGGCUCAUGCAGUGACGUCCCCAGAUUCGCGUCUAGCAGAGGUGGAGUCGUUCCUGCUGCAGGCAGCUGCACACCCAUCUCUGCCGCUGCUUACUGACCCGCUGGACACGGCGCUGGUGGAAGCCGUGUUGUGUACAUCGCCACAGCCGCACAGGAGCGGCGAUGCCUCCGCACCAGCGAAAUCGCUCGCAGAUUCGACACACCGCGACGGCGUUCCUGCCGGCGGUGCCGCAGGUACGUCGGCGCUCGGCGUGGAGCCGUGGGAGGACGCGUACGCUGCAGCCGUCAUGUCGUUCUAA